GACGAGCCAUAGAAGAAAUAAAUUCUAAUAAAAAUCAAAUUUUAAUUAUUAGUAUCACACUUCAAUGAACAAAUAAAUGAGAUUAAAGAAUGGAACGAUACAUUUUUGGUAUUUUAGUGUUGAUAUGCCUAAUCUUUAUCAAUUCUCGUGUCCUCUGUGCUGAUUGUAAUUCAAAUCAAGAUUGCACUGCUACAAGUUUUACACUGGCAACAUGCUCAUCAGGCAAUUGUGAUUGUGUAAACACACAGUACGCUUCAGUUCGAACAGGAUGCGCGUUAAAGCUACAAAAGCCGAAGAUAUCAACAACGGAGGGGAGAUCAACAUUUUUGAUUACCGGAACAUCAGACUUGCUGGUAUGUUCAACGGUGGCAGGCGCCAAGCGCUAUGAUUGGUAUUACAACGACAAUUUGUUAUACAGCGGCGAGAACAUUAUUUCAAUCAACCGUACUGGAAAAUACAAAUGUAAAGCUAUUGCGUGGACUUUAAGCUUAAACUCUGAUACUAGUGAUGAAAUCGUCAUAACAAAGAUCGGUGUAGGCAAAUAUCCAUGGAAUCUUACUGUAGGAAUUUCUGCUGAGUCAAAAAUUUACAAUGGAAGAAGUGUGUCUCUCACUUGCAUUGGCGCGCCAAUGGGUUAUAUGGACAAAGUGAUAUUUGAGCGUACUUACGAAAACUUAGUUACCGAAGAAGCAUAUAGCAUAACAUCAAUGUCUGAAGUGCUGAAUAUGAGUUAUGCUUUGGAUGGAGUGUCCAUACGGUGCACUUUGGACUCCUUUAAGGCGAUUUACUUUAGCCCGUCAGUUAAUUCGGUCACGCUGCCCACUGUGUGUGACAUUAUGAACCCUGCAAACAAUGGAUGUGCAGCCCUCCCAAUAACUGCAGCUGUUCUGACUGUACAUGACCCUGUGAUUGGGUUAAUAACCACAGACACAACCUACAACGUUGGUGCAGACGGGCCAAUACUUAACUGCACGACAACCCCGGCUCCUCAAUAUCUAGACAGCUCAAAACCACUAGAAUACACGUUUUUGGCUGGCACAAAAUCCCUAUGGACGGGCACUUCAAGCACGUACACAGUUGACACGCGGACGUCAAGUAGCACAGCGUACACUUGCCAAGUUAAUUUUGACGGUGUCAAUACAACUUCGACGCCAUCCGUCAUAAUAACUGUCAGCAACGAUUAUUUAGCUGUACCAACUAUAAUAAAAAAGAGUGCUGGCGAAAUAGAAAUUGAGUCUACCCUUGUUUUGUCAUGUGGAGAUUCCUCAUACGUCGCUGACUCUUACCAGUGGUCCAUCAGUGGUAAAACCAUCGAACGCCAAUACGAUAAGACAAUACAAAUCUAUAAAUUCGCCAUAGCCGAUAUCGGACUGUACCAGUGUCGGGCAGUGAAGAGUCGGUACACGACGGCAGAUGCGACUUUUGAUGCCAUAAUGAAGCCUACAGCAACCAGACUAACUGCAGGGAAUUUCUACGCGGCAGCAGGUUCCUAUGAUUUCAAGUGUGACUCUGGCACUGGUGGCAAUACUGCUUGGAGCUAUUUAUGGUUAAAGAAUGGCCAGAGCACCCGAAUCUCUUCUGGUACAUACAAUAUUUAUGGCGCGAAUGCUGCCUCGCACGAUGGAAGCUACACCUGCAACUUGAUGUACAACGGUGCCACGCGCACUAGUGAUCCCCUGACUGUACAAAUAAUUACUUUGAAACCCACGAUCACCAUUCAGCCUAGCGUGAUGAGAAACUUUUAUGGCGCAGGCGUUAGGUACGUUCUAUGGUGUAACACAGACUCAGGAGUAACAGCUGGGUGGACCUACACGUGGACAAAGGACACAAUAGAUAUGCAAAUUAAUUCUGAUACCUACGAAAUCACACAAGCAUCAGCAGCCAUACAUGAUGGCGUGUAUACUUGCAUAUCGACUUACAGUGGUGUAUCAACUUCAAGUGAUGCACUCACUGUAAUCAUCGUAGCUGCUACUCUGGCCAUGAACGACACAAAUGGUCAAAUUUCUGCAGACAAGGCUUUUAAUGUAGGUGAGGACGGGCCGAAACUCACCUGUGCGGUAACCAGACAACUGCCAAAUGCAAACACUCUGGUAUACACAUUUUGGGACGAUGUAUCAGUAUUACAACAGGGUUCUUCUGUCAACUACAUAAUAGACACAAGUGUACCAAGUAAUACAACAUAUAGGUGUAGUGUUACUUAUGACUGGUUUACAACCUUUUCGCAAACAAGUGCCAGAAUAGCAGUCACUAUGAAGCCAUACAUUAGCAUUCGACCAAUAAGCAGCUUUUAUGGUGCAGGCAAUAACUACGUUCUAAAGUGUAACACUGAUUCAAGAGUCAUAAAUGGGUGGACCUUCUCGUGGAUAAAAAACAACACGGACCUACACAAUAACGCUGAUGUCUACUCAAUUACUAACGCAACAGCAACACUACACGAUGGCGUAUAUACCUGCACCUCAACAUACAAUAGAGUGGCUAGCACAAGCGAUGCAGUCACUGUUACCAUCAUAGCUGCUGUCAUGACUAUAUCUGACGUUGGUGGUCCAAUUCUCACAGACACAACAUAUAAUGUUGGAAGUGCCGGACCAACUCUUACAUGCACGACAACUCCACCAUUGGCUAAUGCAAGCACUGUGACAUACACAUUCUGGGACAGUGUUUCUUCAAUACAAUCAAGUUCCUCUGAAACCUACAUGGUAAAUGGCUAUAUCCCAAGUAAUACAACAUUCAGGUGUGGUGUGAAUUAUGACGGAUCGACCACAUAUUCGUCAAUAAGUGCUAGAAUAGCGUUCAGUAACGACUACAUCGCUGUCCCUACACUCAGUAAAACAAGUCUUGAAGAUUUAGCUGUAGGAUCCAAUUUCGUGUUAACAUGCGGGGAUCAUACGAUUGUCGUCGAUUACUACCAGUGGUUUUUCGAUGACGUGUUGAUUGAAAACCACAUCGCAAAUGUACUACAGCGCAUAAGUUUUACUGAAAGUGACAUCGGAGUGUAUAAGUGUCGGGCUGUCAAAAGCCGAUACACAACGGCAAAUGCGUCUUUUUCUGCAAUUAUGAAACCCAGAAUAUCCCGUAAUCCUUCGGGAACUUUCUAUGGCGCAGGCGUUAACUAUAGUCUGACAUGCAUAUCUGGCUCAAAUCUAAAAAUUGGAUGGGCCUUCUCGUGGACUAAAGAACUUACAGACAUGCAAAUCAAUUCAGGCGUUUAUUCAAUCACAAACGCGACAGCAUCACUACAUGAUGGGGUCUACACCUGCACCUCUACAUACAACAGGAUAGCUAGCACAAGCGAUGCACUCACUGUAACAGUUGUAGCUGCAACUCUGAUCGUAGAGGACUCCUACGGUCCAAUUUCUAUUGACACAACUUAUAAUGUUGGAGCUGAAGGACCAACACUUACAUGUAGGACAACUUCACAAUUACCUAGUGAAAACACAGCGACCUACACAUUUAUGAGCGAUACAACAUCGGUUCAAGAAGGUUCUUUAAACACGUACACAUUAGACAACAGUAUAAGAAGUAAUACAUCAUACAAGUGUAGUGUUACAUAUGAUGGGUCAAUCACAUAUUCUCCAACAAGUCCGAGAAUAGAAUUCAGUGAGGAUUUUAUCGCUGUUUCUUCAAUUAUCAAAACAAGUCUUGGAGAUAUUACCAUAGGAUCUACACUAACGUUAUUGUACGGGGAAACGAUUGACGCAGAUUUUUACCAAUGGUUUUUUGAUAACACGAUGAUUGAAAAUCAAAGCAAUAAAAGACUCGAGCGGCCACGUUUUACUGAACGUGACAUUGGCGUUUACAAGUGUCGCGCUGUAAAGAGCCGCUACACGACGGCAAAUGCGACAUUUACAGCUGGAAUAAAACCAGAAAUCAUCCGUCAAACUUCUGGAACUUUUUAUGGUGCCGGCGUUAAUUACGACCUCAUGUGUAACAUUGGCUUAACUAUAACAACUGGGUGGACAUUCUCGUGGACAAAGAACAACAAUGACUUAUUCAAUGAUGCUGAAGUCUACUCAAUCGCUAACGCAACAGCAACACUACACGAUGGAGUCUACACCUGCACCUCAACAUACAACAUGAUAGCUAGCACAAGCAAUGCACUCACUGUAACAGUCGCGGCUGCUGUCAUGACAACAUCUGACUUUGGUGGUCCAAUUCUUACAGACACAACAUAUAAUGUUGGAAGUGCCGGACCAACUCUUACAUGCACGACAACUCCACCACUGGCUAAUGCAAGCACUGUGAUAUUCACAUUUUUGAACGAUACUUCAUCAGUGCAUUCAAGUUAUUCUGAAACCUACGCGUUAAAUAUCAAUAUACCAAGUAAUACAACAUACAAGUGUAGUGUUACAUAUGAGGGGUCAACCACAUAUUCGCCAACAAGUGUCAGAAUAGCAUUCAGUAACGACUACAUCGCUGUUCCUACACUCAGUAAAACAAGUCUUGAAGAUUUAGCUGUAGGAUCCAAUUUCGUGUUAACAUGCGGGGUUCCUACGAUUGUCGUCGAUUACUACCAGUGGUUUUUCGAUGACGUGUUGAUUGAAAACCACAUCGCGAAUGUACUACAGCGCACACGUUUUACUGAAAGUGACAUCGGAAAGUAUAAGUGUCGGGCUGUCAAAAGCCGAUACACAACGGCAAAUGCGACUUUCCCUGCUAUUAUGAAACCCGCAAUCACUCGACAAACUUCGGGAACUUUCUACGGAGCAGGCGUUAACUAUGUUCUGAUGUGUAAUUCAGGCUCAAUGGAAACAAACGGGUGGACAUACACAUGGGCAAAGGACAAUAGAGACCUCAACAUUCAUGCUGACAAUUACGUUAUCACCAACGCAACAUCGGCAAUACAUGAUGGGACAUACACUUGUAACUCAACAUACAAUUUCGUGUCCAGCACAAGCAAUGCAAUUACUGUUUCUGUCGUGGCUGCAAUACUGAUUGUAGAGGACUCCCAUGGUCCAAUUUCUAAUGACACAACGUAUAAUGUUGGAGCUGACGGACCAACACUAACCUGUAGUACAACAAGACCAUUACCAAGUGAUAACACAGUGACCUACAUAUUUAUGAACGAUACAUCAUCAAUAGAAGCAAGUUCCUCUAACGUAUACACCUUAAUAAGUAAUAUACCAAGUAGUUCAACAUACAAGUGCAGUGUUACAUAUGACGAAUCAACCACACUUUCUCCAUCAAGUGCCAGAAUAGCGUUCAGUAACAACUUUAUCUCUGACCCUUCAAUUGUGAAAGUAAGUCUUGGAGAUAUUACUUUUGGAUCUACUCUUGCUUUAUCGUGCGGGGAUACAACAAUCAACGCAGAUUUUUACCAAUGGUUUUUUGAUGAAACAAUGAUUGAAAAUCAAAGCAAUAAAAGACUUGAGCGCUCCCGUUUUACUGAACGUGACAUUGGCGUUUACAAGUGUCGGGCUGUAAAGAGCCGCUACACGACGGCAAAUGCGACAUUUACAGCUGGAAUGAAGCCAGAAAUCACCCGUCAACCAGCUGGAUCAUUUUAUGUUGCAGGCGUUAACUACGACCUCAAAUGUAACACUGGUUUAACUGUAACAACUGUGUGGACUUUCUCGUGGACAAUGGACAACAAUGACCUACACAAUGAUGCUGAGGUCUACUCAAUUACUAACGCAACAGCAACACUACACGAUGGAGUCUACACCUGCACCUCAACAUACAACAG